AUAACAUGCACACAUUCACAUCGAAAUAAAGGUUCAAACAGUUUCAGAACAAAUUUUCAUUAACACAUAACUUUUUCGGCACAUUUUGACCCAUAAAGAUAUUGAAUACAUAGAACACAGCAUUAUUUUAAGACUUAAUUUAGGAUAGGCAACCAUGUCCGCACCGAAGCGGUCAAACACUAAACAACCAUUCGACAAUCAGCAGGACCUGGAGGAGUUGUAUCCCGUCGACGUGGAUACACUCAAUGACCCAAUGACUAACUGGAAGGACGUGGAUCGCCAGUUGGAGGAGGGCAUGGACGAGUUGGAGCUCAUGUUUAAUAGACUCGUAUCGCAGCCUUUGAAGGGAAAAGGACUGCCCAAUGACAAUAGUCGCAAUUUAAACAGCUCCAAUCCGAUUAUCCACCACUUGUAUGAUAGUCCGCUGCCGGUUGCCAAGGGAUCAUGUGAGCCUUCAGCUGGUAAUAGUAAUAGUAAUCUGCUCCAAAAUCCAGAAGAUAAUGACCCGAAGAUCGAAGAAUCAGAAUCAGAACAGGCGGAUGUCCUGGAAAUAGAUGCGGGAGUCCGUUUCCUGGCCAUCAGGUUCUUUAAUAUAUUACUGGCAAAAUGUUGGCGUCGGCGAACGGCCGAAGUCAACGAUCUGCACACGCUGGUUCGCAAGUACCAAGCCCAUGCCGUUCGCACCCAAACAGAGCUGCUAACGCGCAACCAAAUGAUCUGCACGCAACAGCGACGUGGGCAGCUGCUGAACAAUCAGCUGUUGCAGGCCAUCGAUCGCCUCCGCGUGGCCAUGCAAAACUGCACCGAGCUGGACACCGAACUGAAGCAGCUGAGGGAGCGGGAAGUGGCGCUGAACAACAAGCUAGCCUCCAAGUCGCUGGAGUGUGAAUAUAUAGACGAAAUGCUAAAUAACUUUCGCAGCGAUAUGUUUCACCAGCUGGCCAAUUAUCGCGAGGGAGCCGCCGAGUUGGCCAAGCAGCAGCGGCGGGCCCUCCAAUUGGAGUAUGAAAACGCCGAUCUGGAGGAUGCACUGCUAACGAUGAAGGAUAAGUUUCUCAUGCAGAACGAUCAAAUGUCGGUGGCGCUUGGCGAGAAACAGCGAAAACUGGACGCUGCUUAUGAGACACUAAGAUACUAUGAACAGGAACUGAUUCACCUGGAGAUAAGGUACCGGGAGACGUUGAGCCAAACCGGACUGGAAGUCGAACUGCAGAAGGAGGUUUCGAGUCUGAAGGAGAAAAUGAGCUUUACUCGCCGGCUGAUCUUAUACAUGGCUGCCGUCAAAUGGCAGUCUUUCCGUUCUUGCAUAUACCACGUGGUGGCCGGAAUACUCGAUUGUGUGGCGCCAUCGUUCACCACACCCCCAAUGAAGGACAAUUUACUCCGAAUAGGCAUGGUCGCCAUCUUUUUGCUAAAUGCUAGAAUGUAUUGAUUUGGCUGAAGGAUGCGAAAAGGACUCUGGCUACGCAUCCAGGGACGUGCAACGACGAAUGAGAAGCGUAUUAACUAGGAAUCAGGUAGCUGAGCAACACAAUACCACAAAUUUUAUGCGUAUAUUAGAUAUAUUUCAUCUUUAAUGUGCCCACGGUUUUUCCUAAACGAAAAACAAAUUUCGAAUAAAUUUUGUACCAGUCUUAAACUUU